AUGUACCAGCCAACGAUCAGUCACUUUUUUAAAUCAUCCCAACCAUCGUCUCAAACAGACACGCGACAAGAUGAGGAUCAGCGACUUGACAUUGAAUCUCACGAGCAGCGAGGUGGAGCAAAUAUGAACAAAGACGAGCUGAUAAAUAUUCUUGGCUCAGAUUCAGAAUCGGAUCAAGAUUUGGAUGAAGAUUUGGAUCAAGAUCAAAAUAAUAAUCAAGAUCAAGAUCAAGAGCAAGAUCGAGAUCUAGCUUCAAAGGCCAAUAAUGGUAGGAGCACACUCUCAGCAGAACGAAUUGAGAGACGGCCAGAUUUUAACGAGAAAUUGAAGACGAUUAUGAGGAAACGGAAUGCUGGAUCCAUGAUAAACACUGGAUCUGACGACGAGAAUGACGAUAAUGAUGAUGUUAAGUCAACUAAAAGAACUAAGGCGAAUAACAAAAAACUUACGGAACUUGACCAGCAAUUUAAAGAGUUGAAACUUAAGCACAUGGAUACGAUAUUAUGUGUUAGAGUGGGUUAUAAAUACAAGUUCUUUGCUAAGGAUGCAGAAAUCGUGAGUAAUAUUCUGCAGAUUAAGUUAGUGCCUGGUAAAAAAACGCUAGACGAGUCAGAUCCAAAUGACAGAAACUAUCGAAAGUUCCAAUAUUGCUCCAUCCCUGAUACAAGGUUGCACGUACAUUUACAAAGGCUUGUAUUUUUCAAUUACAAAGUUGCUGUAGUGGAACAAACUGAGACUAGUGCCUUGAAGAAGAAUAAUAACAGUGGAUCUUUGUUCACCAGAGAGAUUAAAAACAUAUUCACCAAAGUUUCGUACGGAAUAAAUGAGACUUUUGACAAAAGUGAAGAUCGCAUUCUAGGUGAUCUGACCUCUGUAUGGGCAAUCUCUAUUAAUGAAACUUCUAAAAUGAGGAAAGUGAACCUCAUUUCAGUGCAAUUGAAUUCUGGUGAAAUUGUACACGAUCAAUUUUCAGACGACAUUCUUUUAAACGUGAAUUUGGAAGCGAGAAUACGUUAUUUAAAUCCUACAGAGAUCAUAACUGAAGAGGAACUACCACCAUCGAUUCGAACGAUUUUUACAAAACUAAAUCAGGAUAUACAGUUUUAUCAAUCUCAUAAGGAAGCUUGUCCUAACUUGUUCGAUGCAUUACAAGGUUUAGAUUUGAAUAAUGAACUUAAAAGAUUGCUUUCUGUGUUGCACUCAUAUUUAUCAACUUUUGAAAAUACAAAGGUGCUAUAUUUUGCUUCGAAUUAUUCAUCAUUUACCGCUAAAAACUUCAUGGUUUUGCCCCGAAACACCAUCGAAAGUUUGGAAAUCUUUGAAAAUUCGACCACUAACAAAACCAAUGGUUCUCUAUUGUGGGUUAUGGAUCAUACGAGAACUCAAUUUGGUUAUAGACUUUUACGAAAAUGGAUAUCUAAACCACUGAUAGAUUUAAAAUCGAUCCUUGACAGGCAAGAUGCUAUCACUUGCAUUAUGAAAGAAGUUCACAGCAUUUUUUUCGAAUCCUUCAACGAACUACUGAGAAAAAGCAUAGACCUUGAACGCGCACUCAAUAGAAUAGCUUAUGGUAGUACAUCAAGAAAAGAAGUUUAUUUCUUCCUAAAACAGAUUGCAACUUUCGCAUCUCUUUUCAAAUCACAUCACACUUUCAUUCAUGACCAACUGCAUAAAGAGAAUUCAGCAUUGCGCAAAACCUCCUGUCUAUUGUUCAAUAUUUUGCAAAACUUAGAUGCAUUUUUUAGUGCUACUGAUCUUCCUCUUUUUCUACAAAUGAUCAACGUCGAUGCUGCUUUGGAUAAAGAUUCCCAUAAAAACGUCAUCGAAUUCUUUAAUUUGAAUAAGUAUGAUUUCCCGGAAGGUCUUUUGCACAAGUAUAGAGACAUUGAGGAAGUGAAAACAGAGUUAGAUGACGAACUUCAAAACAUCAAAAGGGUCUUGAAAAGGCCUACUUUGAGCUACAAGGAUACUAAAGACUACCUAAUUGAAGUCAGAAAUACUCAGGCAAAGACAGUGCCUUCGAAUUGGGUAAAGGUUAAUUCAACUAAAGCGGUGAGUAGGUUCAGGACGCCAAAAACGGAAGAAUUAGUUGGUAAACUUCUGUAUCAUAAUGACCUUUUGAAUCUACUAGCCGAAGAUGAGUUUAAGCGAUUCCUUCAAAGGAUUGUUGAUCGGUACGCUGAAAUAAAAACAUGUAUCAAUAAUUUAGCCACGUAUGACUGUAUUCUUUCUUUGGCUGCAACAUCGUCAAAUGUCAAUUACGUGAAACCAAAGUUGACUGAACUGCAUCAAAAAGUAAAAGUGAAGAAUGGAAGAAAUCCAAUCAUAGAGUCUCUUGAUGUUAAUUAUGUUCCGAAUGACGUGCUAAUGUCCUCGAACAGCGGUAAAAUAAACAUCAUAACAGGCCCAAAUAUGGGGGGUAAAUCCUCUUAUAUUAGACAAGUAGCAUUGCUGGUAAUAAUGACACAAAUUGGCUGUUACAUCCCUGCAGAUUCUGCUGAAAUGUCGAUAUGUGAUCGGAUAUUCACCAGAAUUGGUUCACACGAUGAUUUACUGAAUGCUAAAUCAACUUUUCAGGUGGAGAUGUCUGAGGUCUUACAUAUUCUAAACUCAUCGACGCCAAGAUCUCUGCUAUUGCUAGACGAAGUUGGAAGAGGAACAGGUACGCAUGAUGGGUUAAGUAUAUCUUUUGCCAUUUUGAACUAUUUUGUUUACCUGGCUGACAAUUGUCCCUUGGUGUUGUUUAUUACUCACUACUCUGCUUUGUGCCAAAUCGACUCUAAAUUAAUAGCAAACUACCAUAUGAGUUACAUAGAGAAACACCAACCAGGUGAAAAAUGGACCAACGUUAUUUUCCUCUACAAGUUGGUACUGGGUCAGGCUCAUAAUUCUUACGGUUUUAAUGUAGCGAAACUAUCAAAUAUUCCCACGGAGAUUAUUAACAGAGCAUUUGAAGUGUCUGAGGAGAAAAUCUUAUCCAGUAAGCAUCAUAAUUUCCUUGAGAUCAUGAAGGCACUGAAAAGAGUUAAUGAAAGGAAAUUAAAUAAAGAAGCGUUGAAAAAAAUUCAAGCUUUCAUUGAAGAUAUAUAA